UAUCAUCACACCCUGUACGACUUCGGCUUGAGGGAGUCUAGAAUCACCAAUUACUCGUAACUGGUAAACUCCGCACAAUCAGUUGUAGAUUUUGGGAGCGAGUGAUAUUGUUAUAAACAUUCAGGCAGAUUGCAACUAUUUCAUCAAUUUGUUAGUGAAGCUUCUGAAUAGAGGUUACUGGGGUAUCAUAACAAGAAAGUGCUUCGAUGAUUCAAGUGUUCUGUGUUCUGGUAAGAUAAUACCUAAGAUUCUCAUUGCAACCGGUUGAGCGCUAGUAUUAGCAGGCACAGUGUCGUUUAUACUCCACAUUCUGUGAACAAGUUAUGCAGUGAUUACAAUGAGUUUAAUCGAGAUUAGACCACUGCCACAGUUCUUGCUCGAAAAGGCAGCAAAGGAAAUAAAUGAAGUACCAAAAAGAAUUCCUGAUGAUUUGAGGGUGUUAAGAGAUUGGCUCAAAAAGGAGCCGCAUCUUAUUAGUAGAACGGAUGACCAAUUUUUAGUUUGUUUCCUGAGAGGAUGCAAACAUAGUUUGGAGCGAAGUAAAGAAAAAUUGGAAUCAUAUUACACGUUACGAACCGCUGUUCCUGAAUUCUUCACGAAAAGGGAUCCAACUGAUCCGGAGUUCAUUGAUUUAAUAAGCAAAGGUUUGGUUUGCCCACUUCCUAUACCUCAUCCCAAGGGAUCGCGUAUUAUACUUUGUAAGCCAGGCGUCUAUGACGUCAAUCGUCAUGGAUUCAUCACUUGCAUGAAGUAUUCGUUGAUGCUUAUCGAUAGGAAUUUCGUAGAGGACGAUUACUUUAAUAUUUGCGGAUAUAACAUUUUUUUGGAUAUGAAAGGCUUUACCGGGAAACAUAUCGCCCAAGUUACUGUUCCAAUUUUGAAGAAAGUAGCUGAACUUUUCAAAGGCGCCUAUCCUGUCCGCCAUAAGGGUAUCCAUUUCAUUAAUUUUCCCGUUGGUUUAGAUGCAUUAGUUGCAUUAGCUAAGACUUUUCUACCAGCAAAAAUAGCAAAUCAGAUUUAUUUUCAUUCGGAUAUUAAGUCAGUUUACAAAUUUUUACCACAAAGCUGUCUACCAGCGGAAUAUGGAGGCGAUGCUGGUACUGUAGCCGAAAUUACGAGUAACUACAUGGAGAUGUAUCUUUCUGAUGAGAAAUGGUUUAUCCAAGAUGCGAAGUACAGGACUGAUGAGAGCAAAAGGAGAGGCGCACCCGUGACCCCCAGUGAUCUAUUUGGGAUAGAUGGUUCUUUCAGAAAGCUCGAAAUUGACUAGUGAAUAAUAAUUUUACCUCAAUUAACUUAAGUAGACAACAACAACAAGUUUUAAUUAAAAUGAAAUCUGAAAUAUAAAUAUUAUGAAUUGUAAGCGUGAUAUUAAAAUCGCCUUCACUAGACCUCUAGGAAUUUCAUCCGACUGACCUUUAUUAAAUCCCCUGUCAAUAAAACAAUACCCGCCGGGAAGACCAUCUUAAAACAAUCAUUCCGUCAUUUACCAAAUUGAAAAUUUAUUUAUUCCAAAAGUAAUUCAAACACAGAAUAUUCCUCCGCUGGAUGGCAUUUUAAUAUUCAUCGCAAUUUACGAAGGCAGACAAAACAACGAAAUAAAAUAUUCAAAUCGAAAAAGCGAAGGACAAACACACGGUGACCGACGAAAAGAGCGCUCAGAGAAGAUAACCUCGGGGGAUGUGCCAGGACUAUGCUGAGAUUUAUUAAAAGGAAAAGUUAAAGUUCAUCCCAUCCGUUGUACCUAAAUAAAUUUUACUGAGAUAGAGA